ACGUCUUUAGUCCCACACGUUCUGUUUCUUGUACAGGUCGUGAUGCUACAUUAGCCUAAAUAUAUACCCUUUUAUCCUUAUAUAUGCGUCCUCACGGCUAUUAUUAGCUGUUUAACCGCCCUGUAGCUAAGUCAGCAGCGCUGUAAACAUGGCAGGAGUUAUCCGGAGGCUCGACGAGACCGUUGUCAACCGCAUUGCUGCAGGAGAAGUUAUCCAGCGUCCUGCCAACGCCGUCAAAGAAAUGAUUGAAAACUGUUUGGAUGCCAAGUCCACCAACAUUCAGGUGACAGUGAAAGACGGCGGGCUGAAGCUCCUGCAGAUUCAGGACAACGGCACUGGCAUCAGGAAAGAAGAUAUGGAAAUCGUUUGUGAAAGGUUUACCACCAGCAAACUUCAGACUUUUGAGGACCUCUCAGCUAUUGCCACCUAUGGAUUUAGAGGAGAGGCCCUUGCUAGUGUAAGCCAUGUUGCACAUGUGACCAUAACAACUAAGACGGCUGAUGCCAAGUGCGCCUACAGAGCCAGCUACAGCGAUGGCAAACUAAAAGGCCCUCCCAAACCAUGUGCUGGCAACCAGGGAACACAGAUUCUUGUGGAGGACCUCUUCUAUAAUGUGUCCACCAGGAGGAAAGCCUUAAAGAGCCCCAGUGAUGAGUACUCCAGGAUUGUAGAUGUGGUCAGCAGGUACGCCAUACACAAUUCAGGAAAAAGUUUUUCGGUCAAAAAGCAAGGAGAGACUGUGGCAGAUGUGAGGACUCUCCCCAACGCAUCUGUAGUGGAUAAUAUUCGAGGAGUGUUUGGCAAUGCAGUCAGCAGGGAGCUGAUUGAAGUCGGCUGUGAGGAUCAGAAGCUGGCUUAUAAGAUGAAAGGCUACAUCUCUAACGCAAAUUACUCCGUCAAGAAAUGCAUCCUGAUCCUCUUCAUCAACCAUCGUCUGGUGGAGUCAAGUGCUGUGAAGAAAGCAAUCGAGACAGUUUAUGCUGCGUACCUCCCCAAGAACACGCACCCUUUUCUAUACCUCAGCUUAGAGAUCGCACCGCAGAAUGUAGACGUCAAUGUCCACCCCACAAAACACGAGGUGCAUUUCUUGCACGAAGACAGUGUGAUCGAGAGCAUCCAGAAGCACAUCGAGAGCAAACUUCUCGGCUCCAAUUCGUCACGCACAUAUUUCACUCAGACGUUGCUGCCAGGGCUGUCAGUCUCAGGUUGUAGUGAGGUCAAGUCCUCCAGCGCUGCAGCAGAGUCCGGCGAGCGAGUCUACACACAUCAGAUGGUGAGGACCGACUGUCGUGCGCAGAAGCUGGACGCCUUCCUCCUGCCAAAAGAGAAGCCGCCUCCCGAUCCUGAACCAGCUGACCCCAGCGGCAGGGAAGCUGCGACUAAAACCGCCCAGCCUGACAGUGUAGAGGUGGAUGAGACGGAUGAUGCGGACAUGCUGGAGGCCCUGGCUGAGCUGGAAGCAGAGGUGCCAAGAGGCGGCGAAGAUGACGCUAAUGUUGUUCAAAGGAAGCGACCCAGGAAGGAGCAGCAGCAGGAGGAAAAAGACGAGGGCGACACGGCUGCAGCCACGCCGAAGAGACGAGUCAUAAAACUGAACAGCGUCAAAGAGCUCAGAGCUGAGAUCACCGAGAACACACACACAGGUCUUCAAGAAAUGCUGCAGAACCACUCGUUUGUGGGCUGCGUCAACCCCCAGUGGACUCUGAUCCAACAUCACACCAAACUGUACCUGCUCAACACCACCAACCUCAGCCAGGAGCUUUUCUACCAAAUACUCAUCUACGACUUUGGGAACUGCGGCGUACUAAGACUAUCCACACCAGCUCCACUUUAUGACCUGGCCAUGCUGGCUCUGGACUCGGAGGGGAGCGGCUGGACAGAGGAGGAUGGUCCUAAAGAAGGCCUGGCUCAGUACAUAGUGGACUUCCUGAAGAAGAAGGCUGAGAUGCUGGAGGACUACUUCUCUAUGGAGAUAGACCAGGAAGGAAAUCUAACAGGGCUGCCGUUACUGCUUGACAAGUACACUCCUGUCAUGGAGGGCCUCCCCUUGUUCAUCCUGCGCCUGGCCACUGAGGUGAACUGGGACAGCGAGAAGGAAUGCUUCAGAGACUUCAGUAGGGAGUGCAGCAUGUUCUACUCUAUCAGGAAGCAGUACAUCCUGGAGGCUGAGUCCGGAGAGGAGCAGGAUACCGAGGUGAACUCGUGGCGUUGGAAAGUUGAGCACAUCAUCUUCAAAGCUUUCCGCACCCUUUUCAGUCCCCCGAAGAACUUCAGUGAGGACGGUACUGUGCUGCAGAUCGCCAACUUACCUGAUCUCUAUAAAGUGUUUGAGAGGUGCUAAAUGUGAUCGUAAAGUCUGAAGAACGAAUCAGCCUCAUGUGCUGCUCUUUUAUACUUGAUGUAACCUGUAAAUAAAUGUAAAUAAAUACUUUGUAUGAG